AUGGCUUAUACAUCUCGACCAACGAUGCUACCACCGGGGAGCUCAGGGGCCUCUCUUCGCCAACCGAGUAAUCACCAGGCCAUUUCUCAGCAGCAAUCAUCUGCUUUGGCGACACGAAUAGCAUCCAAAAAGGCAGAACUUGAAAACCUGAGACAACUGCGUGAUUUGAGCGCCAUGUUGGCAACGCAGAUGCAGAUUCUGGAGUCGAGAAUAGGGACCUUGAAUGAUGGCACAGAAGCGGUUGCGUGCGUUCUUGCGAAUUGGGGCAAUGUGUUACGAGCAAUUAGUAUGGCAUCGUCAAAAGCGGUUGAUCUCAAAGAUCCGGCCGGUUCUUCAGAAGACAUUGGUGAUGGUCACACUGAGACCCCGCUACCGGCAACCCUUGUCCGAAUACCUGCGGAACCACAAGAAAAAACGAAUGAAUGA